AUGAACCGUCUCAGCUUGAAAGUCUUUAGCUUCCCAUUGACCAUUCUCAAGGGGUGCGAGACGAGCGAGAAGGCCGCGGGCGAGCCCGGAGCCUCGGACCAUCCAGGCACGCCCUUCGACUCCCGCUCCUCCACGGCCACCCAUCACCGGCCCGCCCAGCAACAAUAG